UUUGGACUGUCUGUCUGCUAUUAUUAUUCAUUCUUUUUGAUCUUUUUUAUUUAAACCAAAGUUGUUUUCCAGAACUUCAAUCUUGUCUUUGAUUCAGUGACUAUGUUGAGAGCUUCCAAUUUACCGUUUUCCACCUCUAUCACCAGCAACUUCAAUAACAACAGGAGCACAUACUGUAAGCUUCAACAAGCAAAUGCGAGAUUUGAUGUUCGCCUGCGGUUGAGCAGCUCAGCGGCCGUAAAAGAUAGGACAUCGAUUGAGGAAGUACGGAGUCUGAGAUUUAUCACGGCUGUUAAGACUCCGUACUUACCUAGUGGCGGAUUUGAUCUUGAAGCAUAUGAUAACUUGGUGAAUACACAAAUUGCAAAUGGUGUUGAAGGUAUUCUUGUUGCUGGUUCAACUGGUGAAGGCCAAUUAAUGACAUGGGAUGAACAAAUAAUGCUAAUUGCUCACACAGUAAGCUCUUUCGGCGACAAAGUUAAAGUUAUUGGUAAUGCAGGAAGCAACUGUACAAAAGAAGCUAUUAACGCAACCGAGCGAGGUUUCGCUGUUGGAAUGGAUGCUGCACUUCAUAUAAACCCUUACUAUGGAAGAACCUCAAUGGCAGGUUUAGUUGCUCAUUAUAAUAGUUUGCUUCCUAUAGGACCUAUCAUUAUAUACAAUGUACCUUCAAGAUCUAAUCAAGAUAUUCCUCCUAGUGUGGUUGAAAUCUUGGCUCAAAACCCUAAUUUUGUUGGCAUCAAAGAGUGUGUGGGAAAUGAGAGGGUGAAAUUGUAUACUGAUAAAGGAAUUGUUGUAUGGAGUGUUGAUAGUCUAAUCCAUGAAGCUAAAUGGGAUUGUGGUGCUGUUGGAGUUCAAUCUGUUGCAAGCAAUUUAGUUCCUGGUUUAAUGAGGGAACUUGUGUUUGAGGGUAAGAAUCCAACACUUCAUUCAAAGCUUAUGCCUUUGUUUCAUUGGCUUAUUAUAGAGCCAAGCCCUAUUGCUUUGAACACUGCUCUUGCUCAACUUGGGAUUAUUAAGCCUGUUUUCAGGCUACCAUAUGUACCUCUUUCUAAGGAACAAAGGGUAGGGUUUGUGAAUUUGGUGAAAGAAAUGGGUAGAGAACAUUUUGUUGGAGAAAAAGAUGUUCAAGUUCUUGAGGAUGAUGAUUUUAUCAUAGUCGAUCGAUAUUAAUUUCGUAAUAUCGUUCUUAAUGUCUUAUUUUAAUUUUCGAUGUGUGUUGUACCAGAAUCAAGGAUGAAAUGGAGGUUUAAAGCAUAUGUAAUGGUGGUUUGUUUUGUAAUCAGACUUGAUUUGGAGUAGCGAAUUUAGCACACAUUUGUGUCCAAUUCACUCAUUAAUAAAAUUUGCUUUCCAAAAAAAAUAAAUUUAAUUUACGAUGUGUUGCUUUA